UAGCCAUUCGCUGCAGACUGCUCUGUCAGCACAGACUAAUAUAGAGUGAUAAAGUCGUAGAGAUUGACCAACUUUUAAAAACUGUGGAUAUGGCAAACAUGUUCCCAUUCUCAUCAGCUGAUAGGCAGACCAAGGAGGCAGCUAAUCUCCAUGACCUGAAUGAGCCUCUCACUGACCACUCAGAGGGCCAACUCUUCUUGAAUGAAACCUUCAAAAUCAUUAUGGAGGAGGUGCUCCGCAAGGGCACGGACGUCAAAGAGAAGGUUUGUGAGUGGAAGGAGCCGGAGGAGCUGACUCUGCUGCUGGAUCUGGAGCUGAGGGCGACAGGGGAGCCACAGCACAAGCUCCUGCAGAGAGUAAAAGAUGUCGCCAAGUACAGCAUCAAGACCAGUCACCCACGUUUUUUUAACCAGCAGUUUGCAGGAGUAGACUACCAUUCCUUGGCUGGACGAUUUCUCACUGAGUCGCUCAACACCAACCUGUUCACCUAUGAGGUGGCCCCUGUGUUUGUGCUGAUGGAGACUGAGGUUCUGAGAGGGCUGCGUCAGCUGGUGGGCUGGACAGAAGGUGAUGGUAUUUUCUGCCCUGGGGGGUCUACCUCUAACAUGUAUGCCAUGAACCUUGCACGCUAUCGACUCUUCCCGGACGUCAAAAGCCAGGGGCUGUGGGGUCUCCCACGACUAACCAUCUUUACAUCUCCAGAGAGCCAUUACUCUGUGAAGAAAGGGGCCGCAUAUCUGGGUAUUGGGAUGGACAACGUUAUUUUGGUGAAAGUGGAUGAUGGAGGGCGUAUGAGACCAGAUGACCUGGAUGAAAAGAUAAAACUGGCAAAAUCUCAGGGUUCAGUGCCAUUCCUUGUAAGCUGCACGUCAGGGACCACGGUUCAGGGUGCCUUUGACCCGCUGGACCGCAUAGCUGAUGUCUGUGAGAAACACGAGCUCUGGAUGCACGUAGACGCUGCCUGGGGAGGGAGUGUGCUCUUUUCCAAGCAACACAGACAUCUGAUGAAAGGGGUUGACAGAGCAAAUUCAGUUGCCUGGAAUCCACACAAGAUGCUGGUGGCUGGCCUGCAGUGUUCUGCCCUGCUGCUUAAGGAUACUACGAACUUGUUGAAGCAGUGCCACAGCGCCAACGCCACCUACCUCUUCCAGCAAGACAAAUUCUACGAUGUCAAUCUGGACGUCGGGGAUAAGUCCGUGCAGUGCAGCCGCAAAGUGGACUGUCUGAAGUUGUGGUUGAUGUGGAAAGCUGUUGGCUCUGAUGGUUUGGAAGAGCGUGUAGACAAAGCUUUUAUCCAUGUAAGGUAUAUGGUGGAGCAGAUGAAGAAAAGAGAAGGGUUCCAUCUUUUGGGUGAGCCAGAGUUUGUGAAUGUAUGCUUCUGGUAUAUACCGCCAAGUCUGAGGGGGAAGGAAGGGACAGCAGAUUACCAGGACAGGCUGGCAAAAGUUGCUCCAGUCAUUAAGGAACGCAUGAUGAAACAAGGCACGAUGAUGGUCGGCUACCAACCUCUGGGGAACAGAGUCAACUUUUUCCGUGUGAUUGUGUUCUCCCCCCUCGUUUCGCAGAGAGACUUGGACUUCUUUCUCAAUGAAAUCGAAAGACUGGGAAACGAUUUGUGACCAAAAAUACAACUCAAGCGUCCAUGAGGUUGCGCUUAACACCUGCCAUUGUAAUGAUAAGACUCAAAGUGGCUGUACCGUUUCAUAGAUGUGAUUUGCUCAUUUCAGACAGCUGUCAUGAAAGAGAUAGUAGACUUUAAGUUUUUAAAAACCAUAAGCCAAAAUAUGAAUAAUAAAAGAAUUUUAAAAAAGUGUCAUAAUUUAUAAUUAUCAUAAAUGUCUGUGGCCUUUAUUUUAAAGAUGUUUCAACAACUGUUCUGAAAUCAGUUUACCAGAGACUGUUUUUAAACCAUUUUUUACAGGGAGACAGCGAGUCAUUUUCAGCAGGUUACAUUAAAGGGGGACUGGCAACAAUAAUACCAAGUAGUCUGU